AUGGCCGCCUACGAGAUCCCGGCCGAGUUCCGCGGCAGCCUGACGCCCGCGCAGGCCGAAGAGCUCGCGGCGCAGUUCCGCAUCAGCGACGCGGAUGGCAGCGGCUCCAUCGACGAGCGCGAGUUCCGCGCGCUGCUCGGGCGCAUGGGGAUCGAGAUCAGCGUCGCAGAGGCGGACGCGCUCGUGUCCAGCAUCGACGUGAACGGGGACGGGCUGCUGGACUUCACGGAGCUGGUGCAGAUGGUCGUGCGGCUGCAGCACGGUGACGCGAAGCUCGCGGCACUGCGGAAGUUCAUGGAGACGCUGGACACGACGCCCGUCGCGCUGCUGGAGCGAGAGGCCUCAAAGUUCGGGCUGCAAAUGCAACUGGAGCUGCUGGGCAAAGCCUGUGGCCCCACGGGCCGAGUGACGGUGAGAGCCACGGGCAAAACCACCAGAGAAGCCAAGUUCAAGGCUGCGGAGGUCGGGCUGGUGAAGAUCAAGAAACUGCAGCCGGGGCUUGCGGUGGAACCUGGAGAGCUCCCACAGCAGUGGGAGAAGUGGCUGUUCGCCAACAUUGAGAGGGGCGCCAGUGUCAAGAAACUCAUGCACACGCUGGCGCAAAAGGGGUUUCUGCUGACGGGGAAUGUGUUGAUGAUGCAGAGGAUCUCGACCAGAGCGUCGUCCUUCCGCCUGCGGGCCAAGCGUAAUGCCCCGAGCGGCAUCUACGGUUCAGGGUCAUCGCGCACCGCACGCAGCAUUGCUGCGGUGGAAAAACUCCCGUCUCCGCCCGUGCAGGUCUUACACCCGCAAUGGGCUCACUGGUGUCAACAGGAGCUUGCUCGAGGCAUUGACGGCAACGUUGUUUUGAGUGAGCUUGUAUCUCAAGGCUUUGAGCCGGAGAGGAGCCCACUUUUCACCCAGAGAUUGCUGCGCGUCGUGAAAAAUCGAGAUGAUCGCUGUAGCAACGGUGCGGAAUCACCGAGGACAGCAGCGAAUAAGCCGUUUUCGUUCCUGCGGGUGCUGGAAGAAGGCAUCCCGAAGGAGGUUGAACUCUUUGUGUUCGGUGGCCAAGACGUGAACGCACUACAGUUGGACACGCACACAAAGUUGAUGCAAUCGCCUCUGCAUAUCGCGAGCAAACACGGCUACCACUCGAUCGCACAGCUACUUAUUGAGCGCGGUGCUGAGGUUGAUCACUUGGAUUCUUUUCGGCGUACGCCGUUGAUGGUAGCAGCAAGGUGCGGUCACAGCGAAAUCACUGCACUAAUGCUGGAGCACGGGGCCAACAUAUUUCAACUGGACAAUUUGAAAAACUCGGCUCUGCAUUUGGCUGCGUUCAGCGGGAGUUCGACGAUUGCUUCGCAACUGCUAAGCGCGCAUGACGACUCUUUUCGCUUAUUCAUAACUAAUCUACCGCAUCUCCGCGGUGAGUGUUACGAGUACUUACUCCAGAAAACGUACGACACCAUUAUGAAGCGCAAGUUGCGCGACAAUGAACGCCGCCGAUUUCAUGUUUCAUGGCUGUUUGAAUCCGUUCAGUGGCUGCACGCUGAACUAUUUGGCAGUGGCGGUGACAACACCCGCAUCUGUAAGAUGCCAGUACCACAGAAGGCUUUCAUGGAUUAUCUCGUGUCGCGGUAUCACAAGAAGCUACCGAAGCAUGGUUUUCACGAUGAACUUGCAGCUAUGGGCGAAAACGACAGUGAAGAGGAGGAAGAAGGCGCCGACGACGAGCAGGCGAGGCGAAGAAAGGAAGAUGACCCUGCAGAUUGGAUUUCCGUCGCAGAAAUGUCGUUCUUUAUGGAUGUGUGCUUGCGUGAAUUGUAUAAACACUUGCCGAACCUUCAGGGACGCACAGCAUUGCACGUAGCAUGUGAAGAAAAUCUGGUAUGUACUCACGAACGCGUGAUCCAGUGUCUAGCAGAAAAGAACGGGUGCAGUCCUUUUCUGCUUGACCACAGCGGUCGAACACCGCUGCAGCUUCUACUAGCAUGCCGAGGUCGCCCAGGUAGCUCUCAUGAUUUCAAUGAACUGGAUACGUUGAAUCGGAUGCGAAAGCUUGUCAAAGAAAAUGACGGCAAACCUGUCGCGCGCAGCCCAGGUUGGGACAUCUACGAAGAACCAUUGAGUCACAACCGUCUAUUUGAAAACACUCGCAGUGGCUUCGUCCAGCGACAGGUUCCAGCACAAGUUGUCGAAGAAGGUCGAACACGAUUAGGCUGGAAGGAAAAAAUGGAGACAAGCGCACAUUUUGUAGAGCGCCAUCGUUCGCAUCCAGCUUGGGAGCUGUACCGUGUGAACGGAGCCGAUGUGUACUUCUUUUUCAACCGCGAAUCCGAGCUAUGUCAAUGGGUGUCGCCUGAGGGUUUAUCUAUCAAAGAAUGGCGAACUAAGCGCUUCUUUGAAAAUGCUGAACAACUUGAGGAUGAACCAGACCAAGAAAGUCUUGUGGUGAAGUUCUCCGGAACCGCAUCAGCAGCGGUUGUGGAUAAUGCCGUAAAAGGCCGAAUGCUUGGAAGUUGGCGUGAGUGUCGGGGAUUCGGUGGCGUCACAUUUUAUCUCCACACCGUUGAUAAACGAGUUGUAGUGGAGAAACCUGCCGAAGUACUUUUACACGAAGCUUAUCGGUACGCUCAAACGCUUAUCUUUGAGCGCAGUGAGGAGAUUGAGACACACGAUCGCGGCUGGCAUCGGUACUAUGAUCCCCAAACAUCACAUACUUUUUAUCUCAAUGAAUUAUCAGGUGACUGUGUGCAUGACACAUUCGCAACCAAGAAAUUCUUGCAGGAGAUUCACCGGCCAAAACGUCAGGCACGGUUUGCUCUUACUAAUGAGGAACUACGUCGUCGUCGAGAGGAGCAGGAAUGGAAGUCAGCGUUGCAGCGAGCACGGCGGCAUGAUGAACAUCUCAAGACUGCAGAAGAGCAAAAUACCAUGGCUACUGAAAAACAGAGACAGGAGCAAGAGGAGCUUGAACUUGCACUUCGUCAACUCGAAAGCAGUAAACAACGGGCUAAGGCUAAACGAAGGACAAACAAUAAGGGGAGAAGUUUGGCCUACAUCGAUGCUCGGUUCCGCCGAGAGCGCGAGGUAUUCCUCCGAGCGAGAGAACAGAACCUGUUGACCUCGAUCGACCCAAGCCGAGUAGAUCCACGGCGUGAAAUCGAGCGAGGCCAAGCACUGGAGCAGGAAAUGAACGAAGAAGAGCUGGAAAAUGCGCGGCUGGAGGAUACCGACGCCAAGCCCGCAAUACGAGAGCGUCGUCGCGUUAGUCGUAUCUUGACACGGACAGAUGAGCGACUGCAUUUGGGCCGAGCAUUGUGCCGAUGGGGUUGUGAGCAAUGGUUCCCACGUGAAUUCAGCCUCGAAGAGCACGAACACGUUGAGUGUCCAAGGAGACUCAUGGUGUGUCGCCUGGGCUGCACGAUGGUUAUGGAGUGGCGGCAGUGGCGCGAGGUUAUCUAUGACCACGAGUCCGAGUUCGAAGAGCAAUGCUCGAGUCGCAUCGUGUAUUGCCCCCGAGAUUGCGGUGUGUGGUUGCCUCACUUCGAUCUAGCGGUGCCGCAUAUGCGGGAUUUGUGUGUACGACGACCCGUGGGGGACUUGCGAUGCAGGCUGGGCUGUGGUCGGGUAUACCAAGGCGGCGCACAUGAAUUACUGGCACUAGAGCAAACACGCUUGGCUCAUGAGCAAGAUGAUUGCGAGUUACGCAAAGUGAAGUGUACGUGGCCAAAGUGCAAUGCGAUGAUUCUGGCCAAAGAGCGCAAUGCUCACCGCCGCGUCCACUUGCUAUCGUCGGGCAUAUUGAGUUUUGUCACGGCCGAGGUGCACGAGUACAAGGUGCCACGCGAUGUGAAACUGCUAAAGCUCCAGGCAUGGGGUGCCGGCGGUGGUAGUGGUCUCUUGCGUGGUCAAACGGUGGGCCACGGUGGUGGCGGCGCCGGUGGUAAGUUCGCUCGAAUGGCCGAGGCUCCUGAUGAUGAAGCGAGCGAUGAUGCGGACGGAGCAAGGAAAACCAAAACGGUGCCUGGAGGCGUUCUUGUCGCUACGCAGGUAUCCACCGCUGCUGGAGGUUUCCCCGGCGGCGGCCAAGGUCACAGCGGCAACAAAGAGUCUGCGUGUGGUGGCGGUGGGGGAUUCACGAGCAUUUACCGACAGGGCGCGUACGGGAUCGAGUACAUUUUGAUCGCUGCGGGCGGAGGUGGCGGGGGUACUUGCCGAAAUGGCAGCGGAGGUGGUGCCUCUAAGGCUCGAAAGCUGCGAGAAGGAGACGACUUUCGGUGCGGACGACCAGGGGGCGACGCAGCAGGUGGCGCUGCUGGAGCGUGUGACGAAUUUAACCCGAUAUGCAAGUUUGUGGGCACCAGCGGGACGUCGAUGCAAGGUGGGGACGGUGCUGAGUUCGGUGGUGGUGGAGGAGGAGGGCUCUUCGGUGGAGGGGGUGGCGGGUUCGCUCCGGGCAUUGUCGGUGGCGGUGGCGGCGGUUCCAGCUACGUUAAUUCAAGUCUCUUGAACACCAAAAGUGUUCGUGUUGAAGCGGGUAUUGUGGUGAAGCCUGGUGGAAUGGAUGAGAACCCACCGCAGAGCGUGCGAGGCGCGUAUUGGGACGUAGUUGAUGGCGUGGCUGGCGAAGGCGGCACCGGAUCGACACGGGCUACUGCACGCGGCAACCACGGGGGUGUACGAAUUGCCAGGCCUGGGUUCUUCGACGACAUGAAGUUCCAUCGCUAG